UGUGCCUGAGCGCGGCUCCCACAGACCCAGUGCCUCCGCGGACGGGCCCCUGCGUUACGGGCGUUCGGUUUCCGGCCUCGGAGAGGACCGAGCUUCUGGUCGCGGACCCCGGCCGCCGCUGACCAGGCCCGAACCUCAGCGCGGCGCGAGAGAGCAGGACGCCGGCAUGGCGAAAAGCACGGCCAUCGGCAUCGACCUGGGCACCACCUAUUCGUGCGUGGGGGUGUUCCAGCACGGCAAGGUGGAGAUCAUCGCCAACGACCAGGGCAACCGCACCACCCCCAGCUACGUGGCCUUCACCGACACCGAGCGGCUCAUCGGGGAUGCGGCCAAGAACCAGGUGGCGCUGAACCCGCAGAACACCGUGUUCGACGCCAAGCGGCUGAUCGGCCGCAAGUUCGGCGACCCGGUGGUGCAGUCGGACAUGAAGCACUGGCCUUUCCAGGUGAUCAGCGACGGCGACAAGCCCAAGGUGCAGGUGAGCUACAAGGGGGAGACCAAGGCGUUCUACCCCGAGGAGAUCUCGUCCAUGGUGCUGACCAAGAUGAAGGAGAUCGCCGAGGCGUACCUGGGCUACCCGGUGACCAACGCGGUGGUCACCGUGCCGGCCUACUUCAACGACUCGCAGCGCCAGGCCACCAAGGAUGCGGGGGUGAUCGCGGGGCUGAACGUGCUGAGGAUCAUCAACGAGCCCACGGCGGCCGCCAUCGCCUACGGCCUGGACCGGACGGGCAAGGGGGAGCGCAACGUGCUCAUCUUCGACCUGGGCGGGGGCACCUUCGACGUGUCCAUCCUGACGAUCGACGACGGCAUCUUCGAGGUGAAGGCCACCGCCGGGGACACCCACCUGGGAGGGGAGGACUUUGACAACAGGCUGGUGAGCCACUUCGUGGAGGAGUUCAAGAGGAAGCACAAGAAGGACAUCAGCCAGAACAAGCGAGCCGUGAGGCGGCUGCGCACCGCCUGCGAGAGGGCCAAGAGGACCCUGUCGUCCAGCACGCAGGCCAGCCUGGAGAUCGACUCCCUGUUCGAGGGCGUCGACUUCUACACGUCCAUCACCAGGGCCCGGUUCGAGGAGCUGUGCUCGGACCUGUUCCGUGGCACCCUGGAGCCGGUGGAGAAGGCCCUGCGUGACGCCAAGCUGGACAAGGCCCAGAUCCACGACCUGGUCCUGGUGGGGGGCUCCACCCGCAUUCCCAAGGUGCAGAAGCUGCUGCAGGACUUCUUCAACGGGCGCGACCUCAACAAGAGCAUCAACCCGGACGAAGCGGUAGCCUACGGGGCGGCGGUGCAGGCAGCCAUCCUGAUGGGGGACAAGUCUGAGAACGUGCAGGACCUGCUGCUGCUGGACGUGGCUCCCCUGUCGCUGGGGCUGGAGACGGCCGGCGGCGUGAUGACCGCCCUGAUCAAGCGCAACUCCACCAUCCCCACCAAGCAGACGCAGAUCUUCACCACCUACUCGGACAACCAGCCCGGGGUGCUGAUCCAGGUGUACGAGGGCGAGCGGGCCAUGACCAAGGACAACAACCUGCUGGGGCGCUUCGACCUGAGUGGCAUCCCCCCGGCCCCCAGGGGCGUGCCCCAGAUCGAGGUGACCUUUGACAUCGACGCCAAUGGCAUCCUGAACGUCACGGCCAUGGACAAGAGCACGGGCAAGGCCAACAAGAUCACCAUCACCAACGACAAGGGCCGCCUGAGCAAGGAGGAGAUCGAGCGCAUGGUGCAGGACGCCGAGAAGUACAAAGCCGAGGACGAGGUCCAGCGCGAGAGGGUGUCUGCCAAGAACGCCUUGGAGUCGUACGCCUUCAACAUGAGGAGCGCUGUGGAGGACGAGGGGCUCAAGGGCAAGAUCAGCGAGGCGGACAAGAAGAAGGUGCUGGACAAGUGCCAGGAGGUGAUUUCCUGGCUGGACGCCAACACCCUAGCGGAGAAGGAGGAGUUUGAGCACAAGCGGAAGGAGCUGGAGCAGGUGUGUAACCCCAUCAUCAGCGGACUGUACCAGGGGGCGGGAGGCCCCGGGGCCGGUGGCUUUGGGGCCCAGGCCCCCAAGGGGGGCUCUGGGUCAGGCCCCACCAUUGAGGAGGUCGAUUAGGCCCCCAAGGUCAUUUUUUCGGUAUUUGUUUAUGAGACUGAGGGGAUCCUAAAACUUUGCUAUUGCCCUCUAUGUUUUUCUAAUUUCUGUUUUCUAGCAUUUUAGUUCAAUCUGAAAUUACGUUGUAUCCUGAUUAAUUUGGUCAUGUUUGUCAUUUCUCUUGUAUAAUCAAUGUGUUGUCUAGAAUUAUUAGCAUUUAAUGUAAGUUGGCACUGUAAAGGUGUCUUUCUUUUUUCGUGUCACAUGAAUCAACAGUGCCACCCUCUGUUUUAGUUUUUGGCUUUGUAAACACCUAAAGUCAUGGAAUGUUUUGUAUUUUUUAACUUGUAUUUUAAGGAUGAAAAAUUACAAUAAAAUGUUAAUAAUG